AUACGGCUUGUAUUGUACAAAAAUAUCGAGUCAUUAUUUAUAAUAAGACUUGCAGCAGUGAACAGGGUGAGCUCACUGUGCAACAAACUUAUCCGUUCUCCGUUAUAAUCUUUUACGUCAGUAUUACAAAUACCCAUAAGGAUAUUUUUCUGUGUUGGCUCAUUUCCAGAGCUUAAAUAGGCUAUAGGCCUACAGCAACAGCGAAUAGUCUGAGAAGGAAGAUGGAGUCGAGGCAUUCCCUUCAUCACGUACUGCUUUUAGUUUUGUGUGGUUUGUCUGUCCUGUGCAAAUGUUCGGCUACUGGGAUUGAAGCAAACCAGACAGCAGUAUUGUUUGUGAAUGCAUCUGAAGCAUCAGCAAAGAAAAUACCUGAUACACUUUUUGGUGUAUUCUUUGAGGAGAUCAAUCAUGCUGGCGCUGGUGGAUUGUGGGCUGAGCUUGUCAGCAACAGAGGUUUUGAAGCUGGAGGCCCAAAUAUACCUUCAAAUAUUGAUCCUUGGUCUAUCAUUGGAGACGAGUCCUCAGUGAUUGUAUCAACAGACCGUUCAUCAUGCUUUGAGCGGAAUAAAAUUGCAGUUCGAGUGCAGGUGCUAUGUGACCAUACAGGUGCCAAUAUCUGUCCAGAUGGAGGAGUUGGCAUCUACAACCCGGGAUUCUGGGGCAUGAAUAUUGAGCAGGGAAAGAGUUACAAACUAGUGCUUUAUGUUCGUUCACAAGAAUCAAUCAAUGUAUCUGUAGCUUUAACUGGUUCAAAGGGAUUGCAAAAGCUGGCUGGUGGCAACAUAAUAGCUUCCGAUGUUUCAAAUUGGACAAAAGUGGAAGUUAUGUUAGAAGCAAAAGGAACAGAUCCCAAUUCAAGACUGGAAUUGACAUCAUCUAAGAAAGGUGUUACAUGGUUUGAUCAAGUGUCAUUAAUGCCUACUGACACAUACAAGGGGCAUGGCUUCAGGAAAGAUCUUUUUGGAAUGAUUAAGGAUUUGAAACCAGCAUUCAUUAGAUUUCCAGGUGGAUGUUUUGUCGAAGGUGACUGGUUAAGAAAUGCAUUUCGGUGGAAAGAAACCAUUGGACAAUGGGAAGAGAGGCCUGGGCAUUUCGGUGAUGUUUGGAAUUACUGGACUGAUGAUGGACUAGGCCAUUUUGAGUUCUUGCAGCUUGCCGAGGACUUAGAUACACUGCCAGUGUGGGUUUUCAACAAUGGAGUCAGCCACCACGAUGAAGUUGACACUUCCAGUAUUUUACCUUUCGUGCAAGAAAUACUAGAUGGUCUUGAGUUUGCAAGAGGUGAUCCUACUUCAACAUGGGGUUCUAUUCGAUCCAAAAUGGGACAUCCAGAGCCCUUCAAUUUGAAAUAUGUAGCUAUCGGAAAUGAGGAUUGUGGAAAGCCAAAAUACCGUGGAAAUUACCUCAAGUUCUACUCGGCCAUCAAAGAUAAAUACCCAGAUAUUAAGAUUAUCUCAAACUGUGAUGGUUCUUCGAGUCCACUGGAUCACCCAGCUGAUUUAUAUGAUUUUCAUAUUUAUAGCAGCGCAAGUUCUGUAUUUUCUAAUGCUCGCCAUUUUGAUAGUGCACCACGCAGGGGACCAAAGGCUUUUGUGAGUGAGUAUGCUGUGACUGGAAAUGAUGCUGGAAAAGGUAGUCUUUUAGCAGCGCUGGGUGAAGCUGGGUUCCUCAUUGGGGUAGAAAAGAACAGCGAAGCAAUUGAAAUGGCAAGUUAUGCACCCCUAUUUGUUAAUGACAAUGACAGGAGGUGGAACCCAGAUGCAAUUGUCUUCACCUCUUCACAAAUGUAUGGAACCCCUAGUUACUGGAUGCAGCAUUUCUUCAAAGAGUCAAAUGGCGCAACUCUUCUGAGUUCAUCACUACAAGCUAAUCCUUCAAAUUCACUCAUAGCAUCUGCCAUCACUUGGAGAAAUUCAGUUGAUAACAGCGAUUAUUUGAGAAUAAAGGUCGUGAACUUUGGGACCACCACGGUUACUCUUAAAAUCUCUAUCAGUGGAUUGGGGCUGAACACGUUAGAGACGUCAUUUGGGGCUAUAAAAACCACAUUAACAUCCAAUAAUGUGAUGGAUGAAAAUUCCUUCAGAGAGCCUAAGAAGGUAUCACCAGUUAAAGCAAUGCUUGAGAAAGUUAGUGACAGCAUGGAUGUUGUAGUGGCCCCAAGAUCCCUCAAUUCAUUUGACUUCUUAAGAAAAUCAAUCAGCAGCAGUGUGGAUACUGCUUCUGUCCUUAAAUCUUCAUACUAGUAGCCUGCUAUGUAUUAUUUAAUUUAAGAAUAAAUGUGGUUAUUUAUCAAUAAUAUCAGUUUCAUAUUCA